AUGGUUCAAUGCUCCUUCCAGAGCAAAAAGAAAAGGAUAUUGCUGGGAAGCAUUGUCAACCAGAAGAAUCACCUAGCCAAGGACAACCGAGAUUUUUGUAGUUUAUUUUCACAGUCACCAGAGGUCCAGGGCAAUACCUUAAAGUGGAAUCUUGAAGCCCCGGGAGAAUACACGAGGUUACCUACUAGAGAAAACCUAUCUAAAAUCAGAAUCAGAUUCUCAUCUACCUGCCCCUUAUGCAACAAUGCUGGAGAAACAGAAGCCCAUCAUCUAAUUGAUUGUGCAAUCUCCCAAGAAGUUUGGAUCGCAGUCAAGAAGUGGUGCCUGGGUCUGGGCCAAGUUCAGGAAACUAUAAUGUUGAUUUACAUCUGUGUGUGGUCUGGAAAUUCAGACACGAUAUACUACACUCAAGCCUUCCCAAUUCACAUAGGAACCUUGCAAAUGAAAUACAAGCAAAAGAGAACCACAACAUCUUCUUCUUUCUGGGGUUUACUAGCUGCUUCCUCAUCUUUCUCAGCUCCUCACUGUUGGUUCAUCCUCUAUAUAUCGUCGCUGCCCAGGUCCCUUUGUCUUCCUGUUGGCAGAAGCAUUAUGUUUAAGAUCUUCACAGUGAAGCACAAGUGA